CAAUCAAUUUAGGAUUUUGAAGUAAUUGGGCACACUUAAAUUGGCCCGUUAAGAAGCCCAUUAUUCUAAACGCGACAAACUCUUUACUGACGACGAUUUGCGUUUGAUGGAAAAAAAAAAAGUGAUUUAAAAUCCGCGUUUAAAAAGCGACCGAGCUGAGCUGACCACACGAUAUUUCCCCGUCGAGAAUUGGUUUCCUCUCUUUCUUUGCUCCGAAGACAAGAAAAAUUCCGGUGAGGCAAUGUCGUCGAACAGCAGAGAAGCCAGGAGGCGGAAGAUCCUAGAAAGAGGAUCUGAUCGUUUAGCCUUUAUCACUGGUCAGAUCAACGGCGCUCCUCCUCCUCCUCCUCCUUCCGAUUCUACUUCUUCCCUUUCCCAGUCUCAUCUCCAAUCAUCACCGGACACGAUUCCCCCUCGUGAUCAGAUUCUUAAAGCUCAAGAAAUCGCUUUCACAAGUCACCAGGAAAACAUCUCAGAUACUGCGAUGCUUGAUAAUGCGGAUCAUAUCAUCCAUCAAAGCAGGGCAGAAUUGCUUCAGCCUCAGAGGCAUACUGAAACAUUGUCAGCAGCCUCUGCUUCAUAUCCUAGAGACACAACAAUACAUCCGUCUCUUACAACAUCAAGUGUUCAAAACCCAUCUGUGGUAGAUUUAGGUGCUUCUCAAGCAUUUAUUCCUGUGGUUAGUUUUGUGAACGCCAUCACACCAAAACACAUUGGAGCGGCCAUUGAUGCUUCAGAAUACGCACGGAUGUUCACAGCUCUUGCGAUUGCACUUGUUGUCAUACUAUCUCAUCUCGGUUUCUCUUCCCUAGGCAACAUAGUAAGCUUCAGGCCAGUUUUCUUGCUUCUGUUGACCGAUGCCACAAUUGUGCUUGGACGUGUUCUGCUGAGUCAUCAUGGAGAUUCUUCCUCAGCCUCAGGGACAGUAAUGAGCGAGCAAGGUAUGAUGGACCAAGUAGGCAACGCUUUGGAGAUGGUGAUGAUGAUGAAGAAGAUAAUGGAUGCACUUCUUAUGGAUUUUAGCUUAUACGCUGUGAUUCUCAUAUGUGGCCUAUUGGUCACCCAAAGCAUCUUUCCUUAGGUCAUCUUCACGUAGGUUUGUUUGUGCUCGGUAGAUUUGCUUUUUGCUUCUGGUUUUAAUAUCGAUAAAUUAUACUAGUUAGU